CGUGUGCUCUGAGCUGAAGUCCCUGCUGUGCCGCUGCAUGCACUUCACAGGCUUGUUGAUGACGGCGAUUUCAUGUCGUGAACAUUUCCGAUCACGGCGGCUCGAGGAAAGGAAUUAUUUGGAUCAUGGAGAGGGUAAACCAGCAAGCGAGAGGGAUGACUGAGCAUUAGACCUAGAGGCAUAGUCUGUGUGCUAGCGUUGCAACAUUUGCUCUUCUCUAGCGAGUUCUUGCGUGAGUUGCCUUGUUUGUAAAUGUGCCGUGCGAAACAUUCGUGUUCCAUUCAGUCCGAACGAGUUUCGUCUAUUUCGGCAUUGUUGGCCGCUAUGCGUUGACCACGACCUUCGCUUGGAGUUGUGGCCAGCAACUGGUCUACGUGUGAUCAGCAACGAUGCCUGGCCCAAGUGCGGCCGCCCAGUCCAAAGCUGGUCAAGCCAGUGGCGGUGGAGCUGUGCCUUCAGCGGGUGCAGGUGGUGGUUCGACUGCGGGCGUUGUAGGUGGCGGUGGCGGCACGGGUGCGGCUCUAAAUGCCACUCGAAGGGAAGGUGAUGGCGACGAUGUGGUAUAUCUAAGAACGGAGGAUGACCUGUGCUUGGCGGUGGCCAUGCACGGUGACUUGUCACCGGAGCUGUAUCGACGACGCGACUACCUGGGAGCGCGCGUCUUUGGCAGCCAGUUCUGCGAGCUGUUCUCGUCCUCGGACAAGGAGUCUCCGGCGGACUUAUGGAGCUGUACAUUUCGACUGGAGCAGGCCGUGUCCGUGAGGGCGCUGCAGGAGUUGAUUAUGACACAAGAUCUCAACGCCGGUACUGCACGUCGUGUGCUGCUCUACGGCCACGCUAUCCGUCUCCGGCAUCUGCCAAGUCAGAAAUUCCUGGGCUGUCUCGACACAUCCUCUUCAGGCGACAAGCUUGCGUUCGAUGUCGGAUUGGCCGCACCAAACGCUGGCGAGAGUACAUGGUGGAGAAUACACCCGGCUUCGAAGCAGCGCUCUGAAGGAGAGAAAGUGCGUGCCGGCGAUGACAUCAUACUAGUCAGCAUCAGCACAGAGAGAUACCUGAACACUGAAGGUGUGGAGUUGAUCCAAGCUUCAUUUCAGCAAACCUUCUGGAGAAUCAUACCCGUCUGUGUCGGCACUGCGAGAGCAGCUGCUGUCGGUCAUGUGAACGGCUGCGAUGUUAUACGUCUCUUUCAUCGCCACGUGUCUCAGUGCUUGGUGGCACGAAAAGACGCAGAUGUUCAGAACAGACAUCCAAUGUAUGAGGUCGGUGUGGUGGCACAGCAGGCCAGAUCACUGUGGAGAGUUGAGUUACUACGAAUGAGAUUCGGCCAUGCCUUCCUAGGCUGGGGAUUUCCCUUUCGAUUGCGUCACAUGAUUUCCGGCAAGUACCUGUGUGUUGUGGACUCGGACACUAGUAUUGCGGAGAUGAGAGCCCAGCCGACACUGGAGCAGUCUGUCUUCUGCAUGCUUAGCUCACCGGACUCGGAGAUGGUGUUUGAGGAGAAGGAAGUGACGAUGGGAAAGCCGCAGAUCAAGUUUGGUGACCAUGUCGUGUACAUUCGGCAUAUGCACACCGGACUAUGGAUUGGUCAUCAGUCGACGAAAAAUCGCAAGCGAAUCCAGAGGCAUGUGGUCAAGUCCUUUCAGCCGGUUGUGAUGGCGACGGAGCAUCACGUGGACCUGGGUUUCACGCUGACACGUGCCGGAGCUGCUGAGUUGUAUGCUGGUGAUGUCAUGCACAUUGCACUCAAGGAGAUGAGGCACUUCCGAGUGACCAUUCAGAAUCAAGAGGUGAUGCUGUCGUCCGCCAAGCAAAGCUUUACCGGUGCCAGUUCAUCGACGCGGAGCAGCGGAGGCCCUCCGCCAGAUCUCAAUCGCUCGGCCAGCACAACCAGCAAUCUCAGCUCGUCGGCGUCGAGUAGUGGCCUGGGGUCCAGCCUGAAUUCGUCCCGCGACAGUCCGGCUAGACGCCCAUCCCCCACUCGUUUGCAGAGCGUGCCAGAGUUCAAACGCGGCCGGAGCAGUAGCCCGGCAGACGAUGGACAGACUUCUCCCGGAGAGAACACAGCGGGCAUACUAUCUGCAAUGGAAGAGAAUGGGUCAGACGCUGGCCGAUACCUGCGACGGCGCUCUGCGUCUCGCAAGCGCAUGUUCCAAUUCCGACAGCAGUCUUCCUUCUCCAUAGCGUCGUCGUCCGUCACCUCUGAAGGCGAAGGCUUGAAGCGGAAGAGUGGUGUCCCUCAGCUCAGCCCGGAGCUGGAGCAAAUCAUGGAUGCCACGAUUGGGACUUGCGAACAUCUGAAGGAGAUCAUCGACGAUUUGAUGGACUAUUUCCACUGGCCAGUGGAGAAAGGAGAGUCGGGAGGCGACUCGUAUGACUCCCACCAACAGCAGCUGCGUUUGUUGCAGCAUCGCCAGGACCUGUUUCAGCAGCAAGGUCUUGCCGACCUCAUUAUCGACACCAUUGAACUUGUCGGCCGACAUCUGAACAACAUGUGCACGAAAUCCUUACAAGGGCGGAAGACGGGCUUCUCCUUGGUCAUGGUCAACAGGGCCUUUCUGACCUUAUUGGGUACUGUUGUGCGUGGCAACGCUAGGACGUGCACAACGUUUGCACGUGAGAAGCAUCAAUGCCUGGACUGGCUGGCCGAGCGCCUGCGCGACUUCUACGCCGAUGGUGUACUUCAGGUUCUGCACUAUCUGCUUCAGGAGAGCACUGAUGCUUUGAAUAUGGUGAAAGAGAAGCAUAUUCAAGCCUUGAUCAAGCUAUUGGACACAAAGGGUAGAGAUCCAAAGGUGUUGGAGGUACUGGCCUCCCUGUGCUCAUGUGCUGGCAACGUUGCCGUGCGCCGAAACCAGAACACCAUUGCUAACAUGCUGCUGCCGCUACGUGGACUGCUGCUUCAGACCAAUCACUACCAGCACAUUGAGUGUGUACGCCCGCUGGUGUUUGUACGUAGCAGUCGCGAGGACUCGGCAUACCAUUGCUGGUACUGUGAAGUUCACGUCAUCUCCUUCAACGGCGACAUUGAGACCAACUAUCACAGCUAUCCACUGCACUUGCGUGUUGGCUGGGCCACUAGUGACGGUGUGCAGUGCUGGCCUGGUCAUGCAAGCUCCUCCGGUCUGGAAGCAGUCGGCGGCACUCUCAGCUCAGUGGGCUACGACGGCCGGUCUAUCUGGUGCGGUGGCCAGGAGUGUCGUGUGCCCACCGUGGCUGGUCGGCGCGUGCGUGGCCGAUCUGGCUCGCUACACUCUGCGCACACCCACUUCAAGACAAUUGACGACACGCUGAAGGAGAAGGAAACUCCGGAGAAGAUACGUUGCCGGGAGCUACACACCACUUACUUCCGGCCCGGUGACAAGAUCGGCCUGUGUAUUGAUCUGCAUCGCGGCACUGUAACCUUCACUCUGAACAAUCAGCUGCUGGACUGCCACGUCGCCGGCUUCAAUCCACAGUUUUCCGCAGUGUUUCCCGUCGUCAGCAUGGACGCUGGGGUCAGGUGUGCGUUCCAUUUCGGUGGCAAGAGUGGCCCUCUGGCAUAUCAACCACCGCCGGGCUAUGCCUGCCUGGAAGAGGCCAUCAUCGAAGGCCGUGACCUGAACGUGCAGCGCUGCGUCGAAACUGGGGAUUUGAAGCACCUCGACCUGGUGGGACCUCCAUGCCUGGCGGACCACGGAGCCUUUAUUCCCAACCCCGUCGAUACAAAGAAUGUUGUGUUACCAUCGGACCUGAUGGACUGUGCUGAUAUGGUGGCUAGGAAUGUACAUGAGAACUGGGCACUCACCAAGAUAACCAAUGGCUGGACGUUCGGAGAACGUGACAAUGAUGCCAAGACCAACCCGUGUAUCUGUCCCUAUGCUGAGCUCACGCCAGUCGACAAAGACUACGACAGUCGCAUGGUCCUGCAAAUGAUGAGAACUCUGAUUGUUCUCGGCUACUCCGUGGGUAUCGACUCAACCAGACAUGAAUUUGACAUGCGCUACGUCAACCUGAACAAGAAGCUGCAUCGUCAGUCGAAUGGCUACAUUCCACAACCUCUUGACCUGGAGGAUAUUGACAUCCCAGAAGAGCUCGGUGAACUUGUGGAGGCCCUCGCGGAGGAUGCUCACAAUGUCUGGGCAGCACAGAGGAUCAGCGAGGGAUGGUCGUAUGGUCAUGGAAAGUGUAACGAAACCAAGCGUACACCGUAUCUACUGAGCUUCCCUCGCCUGUCUGAAGAACAGAAGAAUGACAACCGCAAAACUGUCAGGCAGACAUUGAAGACUAUCUUGGCGUGCGGUUACACUCUGAAAGAGCCCACUCGCAAGGAGGAAGGUAACAAUAUAAACUCUCUUCGCCGAGAGGCAAGCGAGGCAACAUGGAAGGAGUGUCGGACAUUCCGAGGCCAACACGAUCAGGCCAUCGGAAAGGGCAAAUGGUACUAUGAGGUUGAACUACAGACGCACGGAUUUAUGCGUGUCGGCUGGUGCACGGUGGACUUGUCGGUCACCUCAAUGCCAGGAUCAGAUCAGAAUGCGUUCGUCUUUGACGGAUUCUUGGCCAGGAAAUGGAACAAUGGAUCAGAGACGUUUGGUCGCACAUGGCAGGAGCAUGACGUUAUUGGCUGUCUACUGGACUUGGAGCAGAGGACGAUUUCAUUCACACUGAAUGGAGCUCUUCUAGUGGAUGCAGUUGGCCAAGACGUGGCAUUUGACAAUCUUCCUGAAGGACAACGGUUUCUGCCUGUGAUCUGCUUGGGCCCGGCUCAGAGGGUGACGUGUCUUCUUGGUCGAGAUCUUGGCCAGCUGAAAAUGUUCAAUCAGCACGGUCUCCAGCAAGGAUACGAACCACUGUGCAGCAUGUUCAAUCACUUCAUGCCAAUGUGGGCAAGCUGCAACAUGCCAGUGUAUGUGGAUAUAGGCACCAGUCAUCCACGGCUGUUGUCCAUCAAUCAACCACCUUUGCCUAACCGUCCGCCAUGCCUGCGCGUAUCCAGCAAAACGGUACGAGGGACGGACACACCACGCAUGGAAUGCAUUCGCCUCAACCUCGGCAUACCUCUGGAUGGCUCUGUGGAGAUGGGGAAGUACUGCUAUGAUGUGAUACUCGCACCCGGUCAGUGUCGCAUGAAGAUGUUCAUCGGCUGGUUGUCCAGUGAAUUCCGUCCAGAGCCUGGCAUCCUGGAGAGACUAGACACGCGUAAAGUCACCGUCUGCCUUGGCAGCUGGAAGAAGGAGGAAACUGAGGGUACAGAGAGCAAUGAAGAAGGCAGUAGCGAGGAUGAGGACUGCUGUGGAAGUGAGAUAAUGGAGUGCCAGUCAAUGCACGUGGCUCGUGUCAAGACCCUGCUCAGUAACAUUGAUGUGGACAACAGCCAGCCACUUCAGCUGACGUGUGUUGUGGAUACCGAGGAGGGAGUCAUCACAUUCCGUCACCAGGGCGAGGAACUCAUCAAUCAUGAGUUACAUAUCCCAUCGGAGCCACGUCUUCUCUACCCGGUGAUGUUGUUUGUGCCGACGGGAGAAGACAUCCUGGACUUUGAGUUCUCUAGUCAGGAGGAUUGCAUGAACCUCUUCGAUGCGGUGCUCAGUACGAAGAAGAAGCACUAUGUUGUCCCGCCUCGACUGAGGCUGGAGAUAAUGGAAGAUGCCGAAUGGCGCAUGCUCCCGGUCAACUUGCCGCCAAUCAAGAGUCGGUCGUCCAAGAGCGGAGAAGUGCAAGUCAACGUCGACAAGCCAAGAAUGUCAGUUAUGGUGGAGAUAUCCCGGGAGCUGCACAGCUGGAGUUUGCCUGAGCUUGUUGAAAUGCCACAGCUGAUGAGCUUCCACACCAAGACAUUAGACCUGUACAGUGGACUGUGCAUGCAGGGAAAUGAACUGAUCACUAACCGCAUCACUUGUGAUCACGUCACCAAGCAGCAGCUCAUGGAGUGUGCCAAGAUGGAUGAUCUGCCAGGUCCUCUGAACCGGUCCUUCUUCCGCCUCCUGAGUACACUACAUCUGGAGAAGCAUGUGAACGCAAGAUUGCUGACAAGAAGUGAGUUUGUCAUCCCGCUGGAGCUGGUCAAGAAAGCGUCCAAGCUCUACACAGCCAGUGACAGCAAGUCUAAGUUCAGUGUUGCCCGCUCAUCACUGAUGGGCCGUGUCCUGCCUGGUAUGGGCAUGGCUAGAAGGCCUGAUGAAGGGCUCAGCACUAAGGGGAAACAGAGCCUCUGCAGCAGCUUGACCAGAGCUAGUAAUCAGAGCUGCAGCAUUCGCCACUGUCUGCAGAAUCGGCAGAUGGACUUUGACCUACCGCAGCUGAAGACACAUGUGCUAGCUACACUGAAGCAAGCACUAGCUCAGCAUAGUUAUGACAACUUCCGACUAACAGAACAGCGACAGAUUGAUAUUCUUGUUCCUCUGUUGAGUUGCUGUGAUGAACUGCUAGUCAUGGGUUUAUUUGAUGACAACAACAUUCAACAGCUGCUGGUCCUGCUUGACCCAUCAUCCUUUGCAGAUGAGGAAACCGGAGACGGCACGGACGGUCUGGUGUGCUUGCCACUGCAUGAAGAUGUCAAGUUGCAGGUAUGUCGGCUUCUGCAGCACCUGUGCGACCUGCAGCUGCGGCAUCGCGUGGAAGGAAUUGUGUCAUUUGCCGACACGUUUGUCAGCGGAAUGCAGUUGGAUCAGGGACUGAGGCUGGACGGAAUCAAAAAUGCUCCAAGCUUCUCAGCCGCCAUUACUGCCAAAAUGACGAAAGAGUUCCGAAUGAGCCCGAAGGAGCAAAUGCGAGUGCUUCUAGCUUUCCGUGACUGCAUGGACACCAGCGACUCAGCACUGAAAGAGCCGCUGAAAAUCGAGAUGAUGGAGUUUCACGAGAGACUCCUGCAAGCCUGCAGUCCAGAGCGCUGCUACAUACCAGAGCAAGGCAAGCACGUGGAGUCGUCACCAUCGUUGUCAACGUGCAGCAGCUCUGAUGGCGAGAGCGAGAGCUAUCGCACCAUGCUGCGGAAUCUGGUCGGCGUGGUACGUCGACGUGCGUCCUCGAUUUCUGAAGUGCCCGAACCGCAGUCAAUACAGCAAGCGGAUUCACUCCAGCGUUUGAUUUGCACCACCAUGUUAUCUUGGGCACAGCAGAGCAUCCUCUCACCCGUGUUGGUUCGUGAAGUGUUUGAUCUGCUGUACCGGCAGUACAACAGCUACAAAGAGGUGAUGGCCGCCCUUGCCAAGGCGUACGUUGUGGAGGGCAAUGGACUUGGGCGUAUCCAAAACCUACUGGAAGCUCUCGGUAAUGUCAGGUCUCUGCUUCGGGUGAAGAUGGAUACACAGGAGGAGUCGCUGCUCUGUGAUGCGCUGAGUAAGCUGCGUAACAACACAAUGAUCUACCAGCAUCCAGACCUGAUGCGGCUACUCGGCGUGCAUGAGACUGUGCUGGCUGUGAUGAGGAACGUUCUGGGAGAGGUUGACACAACAAUGUUUAGCACCACUACCAACAUGUCCUCUGGUGGUCCUAGUGCACAAAACACGCAGAGCACGGCCGCUUCCAUGGGCUCUGGGCCGUCUAUAGGGAACCCAUCCGACAGUCUGCAACCUCCCAGCAAUCGCCAGCAUCACCGCUUAUCCGGGGCUGAAGCUAUUGGAAUGGAUCAUAACGAAGUUGUGCAGGAACCACUUGAUGAAAAAGCUGCAUGCCAGUCUCCGGCCACAGUAGCGGCAUGCUGUCGUUUCCUGACGUACUUCUGCCGUACGAGCCAUAACAACCAGAGAGCUAUGUUUGAUCAUCUGGGAUAUCUUCUCAACCACAGUGGAACCGGAAUAGUCAGCAGCACAGCUCAUACAAUCAACGGAGGUACGCCAUUGGAUGUUGCUGCGGCAACCAUACGUGGUCAUCACGAGUUGUCUCUGGCCCUAAAGGACUGGCAACUUGAUCAUGUUGUCCUAUUGCUGGCUUCAUCUGUUACUGGCUUGACUACGCAGGAGCUACUCGGCCAGAAGAAUGAUAAUCUUGGCUCGAUGGUUAAUUCAGCGGAGUUGUUUGCCAGCAGCGACAGCUUCAGUAUGGACGAGUGGAAACCGAACGAUGGAGAGAGAUACCUCAACUUCUUGCGGCAAGCAGUCAGUGUGAACGGUCAAACGAUCGAAGAGAACGCUUCGGUGGUGGUGAGAUUGCUGAUCCGCCGACCCGAGUGUCUCGGUCCUGGUUUGGACGGCGAAGGCCAGGGUCUGUUGGCUUUCAUCCGCGAGUAUCUCUACUACAUUGACAUCUCUCUAAUCGGGUGCAAGCAUGCGUGCGAGAGAGACGAUGCGUCCAAACCCGCCGAGCUGACCAAAUCCUCGACUGGGGAGCGUCCUCUUUUGCCGUCACGCACCAGUGUGAUGCUGAGUCGCAGGCUAACUGAUGUCGCCGUCUCUACACCUCUAGAGUACAGUGCGUGGCGCGAAAGCACCAGUGGAGGUGCUGGCGGUGGUGGCAGUGGUGGUGAGCCACCACGAGUGGAGAUGACCAACGCUCAGCUGGCAAGCGAGGUUCUGGCGUACUACGCUAACCUGCUGGACCUGCUAGCGCGGUGCACUAACGACUUGGACGACGACGGAGAGCAGGGAGACGGUAAUGGGAAACUAGACGCGAAAGACAUGGACGAAUCAGAGUCGCUAGACUUGUCAAGCAUGGAGAUUGGCAUUGUCCAGAACAUAUUCUACAAUCCGAGCGGUUUCCAAGGCAAGAGCCCACUCGACGGGGGCAGCUCCAGCGCACCCACUGUUCACCGCACGCCAAGCCAGCGCCGAAGAGCCAUUCUGCAGAGUUUGAUCUCACUACCCGACAUGCUCGGUCUGCUGGAGAUCCCGUUCGUCGUGAUCGAGUCUGAGGAGGUAGAGAUAGUACGCCGUGAUGACGGGACCACCUGUGAAAAGGUGCACAAGGCGCCUGUCAUCAAAGGUGUUCAGCCACAGCACAAGGCCGCUUUCAUGCUCUUCCUGCAACGUGUGUACGGUGUACCCGAUCAGAAGACGCUGUUUGCAAUCGUGGAGAAGUCCAUCCUCACAGACCUGCGUGUCGCAGCCACUGUCGGAAAUGCCCAGUGGUAUGGUGGUACGUCGGUAUUGGAGCUGAACCGCUACAUAUGUUCCUCCGUCAUGCCCUUCCUGGUACGCUAUGUACGUCUGUUCCGCGACUCGGAGCACAACGACGUGACUCUAGACACCAUGCUGCACACGCUGUACGCAUUGUCCAAGAGCUGCAAGCUGAGCUUGGUGCAGCGCGACUCCAUCAGCGACUUCCUCUGCAAGCUUAUCAAGCAAUUGCGUCCAAGCAUUCUGCAGCGUCUGCUCAGGAAACUCGUACAGGAUAUCCCCAAGUUGACGAAAACCACUGAUGUUGCUUUGACGGUUCUACACUGUCACUAUGACCACUGUGCUCGCUACUACGGUCUGGCUAGCGGCUGGGGUGCGUUUGGUGCAGCCAGCAACGAGGAGAAAGACUUGACCAUGCAACUCUUCAUGACUCUCUUGAACAAGCUUAGCAGCAAGAGUAUCAGUGAUGGUGGUCUAUACUGCAAGGCACUGGAGUGUCUCUGUGCAAUAUGCAGUGCCAUGGCACCUGACUACCUUCAGCCUAAACACCUGAUGCCGUCCGAGGCCAGCACAGAGCCUGGCAUGCCUACUUACGCUGGCUUUGUUCCGCCGCCGGCUUCAAGCGGCUCAGCCGACAACACAGAACCUGUCUUUAGAUCACGACCCACGAUUUCAGUGUUUGAGUCCAUGGAGGCACAAUCGGUGGAUGAUAGCAAUGAGACGUUCAUGCCACAGCCAACUGACACCUCCAAUGUUGAACUGACUGAUGAUCUUGAGGAAUGCGUUGAGGUGUUUUCUGCUCAUUGCCACGAUACGUGGGCCAUGCGCAAGUUUGCGCACGGCUACCAUUACGGCCCUGAGCGCGACGUGGAGAAGAGACUUCAUCCUCUGCUCCGUCCAUACAAGGACCUGUCAGAAAAUGACAAGGAGUUGAGCAGAAAUCCAUGCAAGACCGAGAUCCAGGCCAUGAUUGCCUGGGGCUGGAGCCUGCGAAGGCACGACAACGUGAACAUCCAUUUGAUUCCGUCUCGAGUGCGAGCAAUGCCGCGGGGGCAUAACCGUCACACCGACUACACGCCGCAGCCGUUUGAUCUCAGCAACAUCCCUCUCAGCAAGGCUAUGAUGUCGAUGGCUGAGCGCCUGGCAGAGAAUCGCUAUGAUGCCUGGGCGCUGGCCAAGAUAACAGCCGCACGGCGUACAGGAGGCCAACCUUUGCGUCACCAGCUGUUGGAGUUUGACAUGCUUCCCAGCAAGGAGAAGGAGGAGUUUCGCAUCCUGGCACGGGAAACACUCAAGUUUCUCUUGCUCUGUGGCUACAGAGUGGACCGAUCAGCAACACCACGUCUGGACAACAUGGCAAGACAGUGCAGCGCCACCAGCAUGGUAGAGCGCCGUUACUCCUACGUCCUGUUCAACAAGAUCAUCCGACGCCAGGAGCACAUUCUUGCCAUGCUGGUAGACGCCGGUCGACUCAAGCUGAUGGAGUUCCCGGCCACGCGCUCCACGUGCUACGUUCCCACGGCUCCGGAGUGCCGCUCCACCAACGCCUUUUCAAAGUCGCUGGAAGCUCGCUUGAGAAGCCUGGCCAUUCUCUACAUGCCUCUGGCGACGCACUACUUCAAGUGCCAUCACCAGUACUUCAUGCCGCUCGGCACGGAUCGCAAGCGCUACGGUAUGUGCUCGCGCGGUGAGAAGGCGCAGGUGGGCGACUUCUUCUUCAACCUGGUACUCAUCCUGCAGGCGCAGGACAGUGUGUUUGGCCAGAACACGGUGGACAUUGUAGCUGCCGCAGAAACUGUUGUGAAAGCGUUUGACAUGUCCUUGCUGAGCGUGGAUGAGUUCCCCAUGCUGUGCCAGCAGAUGUCCAACUUCUUCGCCCAGGCGUGUGAUGACCUCGCCAGCUGUAUCAUGAGUCGCUGCAGCGGCAAUCGCGAUGGCUACGUAUUCACAGUGCUGGUUCCUUUGCUGACGUUUGUGUUCACACACAUCCGUGAGCACAGCUUUGGUCCCAAGCUGAUCAAGGGUGACCUGCUUUUCGAGACAGAGAAGAUCAUCUCACGGCUCUACUACAUUGGUACAGAGCUCAAUGACUUAGACCAUAGCCUGCAACCUGUCAUUGGAGAAUGCCUGGCAGCGAUAUCCAGCGCAAUGCCUAUGGCUUUCCUGGAGAAAUCCACUGAGCAGGUGGACUCUUCAAAGACAACGUCCACCAUGAAUCAAAGUGAUGGUGAAAUGCCUGUGUUGAGCAAUCUGCUGGUGGAGGUUGAAGAUGCAUUGGCAGUGUCACGAGAGGAGAGAGGAUUUGCUACGGACAAUGUUGACGAGCAGGACUCUACUGAUGGUGAUGACGAUGUGAACAAUCAGAUACUGUCUGAUUCCAAUCAAGAAGUGCCCCAUGCUAUCACUGUGGUUGUGCCUAUGCUCAGUUCCUACAUGGAUAGGUGGUGGGACAAGGGUGCAGACGGUAUGUGUGUGUUUGGCAAGCGUGUCUACCCCACCGUCAUCAACACCAAGAUGGUGGACACGGUUCUCACACAGGCCAUGGAGAUUAUCAGUAACCAGUUUGGACAGCCUCGCAUGGACUGGAUCUGUCAGGCGGCGUGUGACUUGGCACCCAUCAUGAGAACCUGUUCAGUGGAGCUGUUGAAGACCAUGUUCCUACCAAUCUCCAAGAAGCUCAGCCAGCGUGUGCAAGCUCUCUUCUCUCGGGAUCAGCACUACCAGCGUACGCGCUGUGGUCCGAAGGAAGAAGCUGAGAUUAGCCAGGAGUACAACAUUCUGGCGCGCGACACUUUCGCAUUCUUCACGCUGUGCACCGCAUUCGUCACCGCCCAUCGGGAGAAGUGGUCCAAGCCUCCGCUGCCCAAGGAGCUAGUGCACUUCUUCUUGUACCUGGCUGAUGUGCUGCAUUGCUGGCACUUCUCACUGAACUUCCGUCGUGAGUUCCAGGUCUGCACUGCCGCCAUUGCGCAGAGGUUCAAGGGACAGCGUCGCUACACCCUGUCCGCACCAACCCCCACUCCCGAGAGUGGGCAUAAAGCUGGUAAGAUAUUCAAGCGGUCAUCGCUCUUCACGAUUAGCAGCAGCCUAGCAGACAAUCCAGUGGCGCAGAAUAACAGCCAACGGAGAUCGCUCUUCCCGGCCCACAGCAGCCAGGCUGACAAUCCAGUGGCGCAGAGAACUAGCGAACGGAGAUCGCUCUUCUCGACUCGCGACAACCUCGACCACAAUCCAGCAGCACAGACAAGUAGCAGACAGUCAUCACUCUUCUCAGUUCACAGCAGCUUGGCCGGCAAGUCAUCGGAAAAGAAAGUGUCGGGUGCCACGCCAUUUGUUCCCAAGAGCACACAGACUUCAGGCAAGGCCACUGCUGCAAGUAGUCGAAGUCAUGGGAAUGUCAUUGUUCAGUGCCUCAACAAGCUGCAUACCAUCAUCAUACAGGAUCUGACUAGUCUUGACUCCAGCCUUGUCCAGAAGGGACUGUCCCUCAUGUUACGGGGUGCUAAGGAACACGAAGUGGCCGAUCAUGUCAUCAAUGUCCUACAGCACCAGAAAAAGAAUAAGAUGUCCUCGCCGAAGCUCAGGAAGCGCCUCUCACUGGGCCAGAAGGCACAGUCGAUAGUCAGCAUGUUACCCGUGUUUAAGCCACGCAGUGAGCCGGACCUGGACCUGCGACUGCAGAGGAUCAUGAACCUCAUCCGGGUCAUCUAUCGACUUCACAAUGUGGACAAUCCCAGUCCAACAGCCAAGCAUGUGAAGCGCUGGAGGAAGCUGAUCACAAGAGAACGCAAGCGCACCAUCAUCAACUGCUUCCUGAUGGUACCACUGCACAAGCUGCCUAGGGACCGUGCCAUCAAUCAUUUCCUGGACAUCUACCGCUCUGAGUGGCUAGUGCCCAGCGAACCCAAGGCAUUCUGCCUGAUUGAGGAUAUCAAGACUGCCUCAAGCAUGCAAGCUCGCAAAAAGUCAUCAUCGCACACCAAACGUGAUGUGUCUAGCAGUGAGAUGUCACUACUGGCUCUGGAAGGUGCUAUGGACCCCAAGUACCCGGUUACAUCGGCGGGUAGCGCGGUUGCCAUGCCAACCAUUCCUAAACGUACUGAGGUCGAUCCGCUGUGCCAGAUCAUUCAGCUCUUCUCACGCUCGGCCAAGUGCAACAAGCAGAUCUUCUUCACAAUGCAAGACCCGCUCUUCAUUGCCUACGCCAACAUCCUCAGCUCGAGUUGCUCCAUGCUGUGUGUUGGAAACCAAACUCUACGGGAGAUGGUCCGGGACAUGUCCAAUCAUCGUCUUCUAAAGCAGCAAGACUACCUGUCUACUAGUGGGGCAGCACAGAUGGUCGUGCUCGUCCUAAUGGGAUGCAGAGGUGUACCAUCACCACUAGUCUAUCAAACACUGAACCUCGGCAUUGCCAUGCUGACCGGUGGAAAUCUCACUGUGCAGAAGACUAUGCUGGAGUUCCUGAAGGACAGCACGGACUCUGAGUUCUUUGCCAGCAUAGCCGGUCUCAUAGAGUCCUGUAGUGUUCUGGAUAUGGAUACGUACGAACGACACAACAAAGCAGAGACUCUUGGUGUGGGUCGUACUGCAGGUGAUCGAGCCCUGCACGAUGCAUCCAUGACGCUGGCAUUGUUCAGGUUUCUACAGCUGCUGUGUGAAGGACAUAACCUGGGCUUUCAGAACUACUUGCGCACACAGCCGGGCAACACAAGCACCAUCAACAUUGUCUUCCACACGGUCGACUAUCUUCAUCGCCUCCAGGAAUCAGUCAGUGAUUUCUUCUGGCACUACGUCGGACGCCAGACCAUCGAUGGACCGGGCCGAGACAAUUUGUCCCGUGCAAUGAGUAUUGCCAAACAAGUCUUCUGCACACUGACUGAGUACAUUCAGGGUCCGUGUGUCCAUAAUCAGCUUUCCCUGGCCAAGAGCAGGCUGUGGGAUGCGGUCGGUGGGUUUUUACACGUCUUCGCCAAGCUGCAGAUCAAACUAUCCCAGGAUCCCAGUCAGCUGGAGCUACUGCGUGAACUGUUAGAGUUGGAGAAGGAAAUGUCCGUCACUCUGCUGGCUAUGCUGGAAGAGACGAAUGUGACGAUAGCAGACAAGAUGGUGGAAACACUUAUGGAGUCUGUUGAGCAUGUUGAAGAGAUCUUCAAGUUCUUUGGCAUGUUCCUCAAGCUCAAUGACCUUGCAACAUCGCAAGCAUUCAAGGACUAUGACACGAACCGUGAUGGCUGGAUCUCCAACAAGGAGUUCGAGAAGGCCAUGGACGCGCAGAAGAUGUACAAUCGUGAGGAGAUAGCCUACCUGAUGAAGUGUGCCGACACCAACAAUGACGGACGUCUCGACUACAUGGAGUUCAUUGAGCGGUUCCACACGCACUCGUCUGAUAUCGGUUUCAGCUUUGCAGUUUUGUUGACCAAUCUGUCCGACCAUCUUCCCAAUGAUCCAAGAUUGGCUCACUUCCUGAACAAGGGCGCCAGUUUCUUGUCUCAUUUCGAGCCCUACCUGGGCUGUGUUGAGAUCAUUGGCAGGAACAGAAAGGUGGAACGCAUCUACUUUCACAUCAAGAAGUCCACCAAGACCGAGUGGGAGAGGCCGACCAUACGUGAUUCGACACGCGAGUUCUUCCACACGGUGGAGCGAGGCAAUCAGCGUGAGAAGCUGCUGUCGUUCUUGGACUUCUGUGAGGACACGAUUUUCGAGAUGCAGCAUGGCUGCAGAUUGAGCAACACUGAGCAUACGCAGAGAGUGCAAAGAGCAGAGAUGCACAUGCGCAACGCUCAUCUACUGGUCAACAUGCCGCUCAGCUGGACGUACUACACAAUCAAGGCUCCACUGUCAGCCGUUGCUUGCCGCUGCUGUGACUUACUGCAAAGUGUCCGAAACACUCCCUUCUACGUCAAGAAGUGGCUAGGGGUGAAGAGCAGCGUGAAGAAACCUGAGCCACCACCACAGCGUCCACGCUCAGAAAACGCCAUCAGCAAGCUGAUCACGGGCGCCAUAAAGCCCGACCAGGCACCGAGCAACUUAGCAUCGAGUGUCGCGUCGACCCCGGAAACACCGCAGAGCAGCAGCAAUGCCGGUCAUCCACUGACACCACGCCCGUUCGCGGAGCAAGACCGCAUGAAACUGAAACGCCUGCCCUCCGUUCAGGAGCAACCAAGCCAGGACGAGACAGAUGGAGCCGAUGGCUCACCUUCCAAGACGCCGUCACCAGCUAAGAAGCCAAUUCUGGAGCGACAUGAUGGCAAUGUCUUCCAUCGCUAUCGUCGACGCUCCCAAUCCAGAGCCGACGCACAGCAGGAGCAGCAGCAGCAGCAGCCUUCAUCACCUUCAAAACGUUCUUCAUUGCCGCGUGGUGUUGCGGUCGACAAGGGGUCCAUGGAUGUUGUUGAUGGACCUGCUGUUGCUGGUGGUGAUGCUGGUGCCAGUGCAGGUGCUGGUGUGCGGCAACGCCGAAUUACACGUGCUACUCUUUCACCUCUACCCAGACAUCCCUCGCAAGAUGGCGGACUGACGCCAGUCAAUGCCACCUCUGACCUGUCGCCAGUGCGUCGCCUGAGCCAGAGACUCAGCGGAACACUGAGCAGCAUGGCGGACAGUCUCCGCCGCUCCUUUGGCUCCUCGUGUGCUCCAGACGAUGGCAACGCCAUGCCUGCCACAGCAUUCAGCUAUAUCGGUACCUGUCAUAGUACAUCAUCUGAUAUUGCCCAGUGUCAAGCCGCUACCGCCGCUGCUGCUGCUGACAGUGGAGAAAGUGCCCUGAACCUGCCGCUGAGCACUGCGGCUAGUCGCAACGUCAGCCGAAACUCAUCACUGGCAUCAUCGGUGGCAGCCACCUCUGGUGGUGAUGCAGGCGCCACGCCGCCAGUGGGGGCAAGUAGUGCUGGAACUGGCGACGCAGCUGCACCAAAGAGAGGUGAUAGUGACUCGGUUGCCCCUGCUAGCAAGCAACGCUCAAUGACCGCGGCACGAUCGGUGAAUGAGCUCUACAAGCCGCAGAUUGCGCUCAUCCAAGGCAGCCUACUGUCAUUAUUUGGACGGUGUUUCACUGGGACGAAGAUGACUGCGCUGGUCCUGGCUUUCUUCAUCAACUUUCUCCUGCUCUUCUUCAGGGUUGUCCAUACCAAAUCCUUUACAACUCUGGGCAACGACUCUGAGUCACACACCACUGCAAGCCAGGAAGAGGUUGGAGUGGAGGAGCACUACCAGCAUGUACUAGGACCAUUGAUGUUCUGCCUGGGCAUCGUACACUUCCUUGUGUCAUGCUCGGCAUUGCUUGGCUAUGGCAUGCUAAAGAUACCAUUAGCACUGUUCAAACGUGAGAAGCGUAUCAUCAAGGAACUGCAGUUCAACGGCAAGUGGAUACUGGACUCGUCAACAUCCAGCUCCAUGGAUAGAUGGGAUACUAUUGUGCUGCAGAGCAAAUCAUUUCCUCGGCAUUACUGGGAUGGUUACGUGAAGCGAUCGAUACGUAACAAGUAUGCACCGCAGGUGGGCAUGGAACGUGUCUGUGACAUCCUCAACGUCCCCAGUGACGACACUUGUGGAAAGAUCCGCGAUGACAGUAAGGUUGAUUAUCGCUACCUUCUGUGGGCGGCUGGUGUACUGGCAAUGGACAAGAUGUUCCUCUACAACCUACUGUGGGUGGUGUUCAGUUUCCUAGGCAACUGCAAUAGCUAUUUCUUCUUCAGUCUUCACUUGCUGGACGUGGUGGGCAGUAUCUCCACACUGCGCACUGUGCUCAAGUCCGUCACACACAACGGAAGACAGCUGAUGAUGACGUUCUUGAUGACCUGUGUGGUCGUGUACAUCUACACUGUACUGGCAUUCAACUUCUUCCGCAAGUUCUAUGAGAAAGAGGUGGACGGGGGACAUGACCCCAAGUGCAACAACAUGCUGACGUGCUUUGCUUUCCACAUGUACGCUGGCCUGCGAUCUGGCGGAGGAAUCGGUGAUUCCAUCAAGGACCCAGACGGUGAUGAGUACGAGCUACCACGUAUGGUGUUUGACAUCACUUUCUUCUUCUUCGUCAUCAUCAUCUUGCUGGCCAUUAUCCAAGGUCUGAUCAUUGACUCGUUUGGAGAACUGCGCGAUCGCGAAGAGGAGGUCAAGUCCGAUGACGAGACCAAGUGCUUUGUGUGCGGUAUUGGCAAGGAGCGAUUCGACGUGACACCGCACGGCUUUCAGCUGCAUGUCGAGAAGGAGCACAACAUCUCCAAUUACCUGUUCUUGUUCAUGUACCUGUUCACCAAGGACACGACAGAGCACACCGGACAGGAGAGCUACAUACUGGAGAACGUCAAGGUGGGAAAGCUAGACUUCUUCCCCGUCGGUGCAGCGUUCAGAUUGUCAGCAGAGGAACACGCUCACGCUGCUUCCGCCAACAGCAACCAUUCACACCAGCAGACUGCGGCCGCAUUGACAUCCGCUAGAGUUACCGGAACGUGACCUGCCGGUGUCAGACGAGAAGAGGCUUGAGUGUGUGUCGUGGGUGAUGGAGGUGCGUAUUGAAGCUCCGCCGACGGGGUGUUGUGAUGAAGUGCAAGUCGAUAUGGCUGGAUACCAUGACUAGUGUAGGACUGCACUGCGAUUCGCUGUGUAGUGUUCUGCUGGCCACUUGAGUUUUGAUGCCAAUGUGUGUUUGUGCAGCCUGGUUUAUUUCUGCCACUGCCCCAUGCCAAUGCAUUCAGCCUUAUGUGCAUAGAGGCAUGUGUAUGUAUGUGUGCAUGUGUGUGUGUGUGUGCAUGUGGUCUAUUCUUGUUGCGUGGCAUGUCUGUAUUGUGUCCUGUUUGAGCCGUUCGCUCGUACCCCUGCAUGCACGCUGGCUUGCCCCAGCAGUACGAUGUCAUGUUAAGACAUGUGAUGCUAUGGUUCAUGUACUUCAGUACAAUGAUGGUAAUGUACCUGCAUGUUGCUUCAAGUUGCCCCCAUGGGCCAUUGGCCAUACGAAAAGAUUGUCCUGGGCACUAUGCCGUUAUGACGUUCUGUAACGCUGCCACUGUAUCGAGAAUGUAUGCUACUCUGCAACACGUAGCGAUGCUGGCAUACGAUACAAAUACAUGUGCCCGUUGAUGGUCGUCUUGCAUGUAAUCAUUGUCAGUCACUGAAUUUCUAUAAGCAUCUUUAUUCCUAUAUCCGUUUCUUACUUGACUCCACCCUUUUUCAAUGUGCUCUGCAUUUCAGCAAACCAAUGUGUGCACUUCAAGCAUCUGUUUGUGUUGAAUGUGACUUUGUAUCAUCAUGUAUGUUGUAAACUCGUGCGGACUGUUCCAGCACAUGCAUUGCCAUACUAGAAAGUGUACGCCCGACUGCACCCAUGCAGCAGUAUGGAUCCUGCUUGCUCAUUUUUCUCUUUCUCGUCUUCGCGAUUUCUGCUGUUUUGCUGUGCAACUCUGGACCGGCCGGUCACUAGAGAGCAGGGUCCAUUGUGCAUUGUUUGCUGGCUUUUCUCCAUCCGAAUCUAGUGAUCUACUUGUAUUCCUCCCUCAUCUGUAGGACAUGUAUUGUAUUGCCUACGUUGUCUGUAUGAGCUGGCUCUUUGUUUGCAUGCCUGGCAAUGCUUCGCCUGGUGUCCUUUUAAGGACAUAACAGCCAAAAGAAACGCUGUGUUCUGGUAUUAUUUUUUUGUGUCACCUGUUUAUACGCAUGUAGCUGGCCUACUGAUCGAAUGAUUUAGAGAAGCACUGACAUUGAUCAACGUGCUCGAAUCCAAUGCACACUAGUUGACCGGCAAAAUUGCCAUGCAGCUGUGUUAGUGCUUGGUACUGUUGCCAAUGGCGACAUUCACUGUAACAUUGAUAUUUUUCACAAUAACAUUGAUAUUUUUUGCAUUUCGUCACACAUAACAGCAAGCUAACUUUAUCACGGUUUUGAUACUGCUCGCUUUAUUCAGACACUAUCUCCUCCCUCAAUACAGCUUCUUUUAUCUUCCGCACAGAAUGUUUUCUUUUUCUUGCUCCCGCGAGAGCAAACGCUGAUAUUUCCUCAGCAUGUGUGGUUGUGUUUUCGCUGCGAGCCGUUCCGUUUCAGAUUGCCCGUUUUCAAAAACGAUAAUGUAUGCAAGCCUCA